AUGGCUUUUUUAUAACUGAAGACAUCAAUUAGGUCAAAAGGGAGUUUAUCUUUUUUAGCGUGGUCUGCUCCUUAAAAAUGAAGAUUUAGAAUUCUCGGAUAAAUAAUUUAAUUUGGUGAAAUGAGACCAAACAAAGGGGUUUUUAGCUGAAAUCUCCGUUACUGCGGUUAACUCUUUCUUUUAAUUAACUUCCAGUCUCGUAAGAGAUUUGCGUGUUGCCGGCAUAUAGGCUGACAUAGCACAAGGAAUUAUCGAGUAAAAUAGAAGUUCCUUUUCCGUUAGUUGAAUAUUUCAUGUCUCGUACUUUAGCUUCGGAUCAACGAAGCAGCUGCAUUGAAUUUGAUUUUGUUUUCAAUACAAACUGGAUUAUACGACUGACUUAAAUUCCAAUCGCGGGAAUUUCCAAAAAUCGUUUCUAAAUUAUAUAAUAUUUGUACAUUCAUUUUAAUAACAUUCAUCAGUCAUAGAUGGGUGACACUGGCAAGGAAGUACAUCUCCUCAACACACUGGAUUUCAGACACGAUUCAAAACUGGAUUGUCCGGUAAGUUCUCGACUUGAAACCAGGAUCGAUUUGUUCGAAAGCAAGUUGGCUCUCCGCGCGAGCCUGCGCUACACGGGAGAGGACGACCAGUGGCAGACUAAUUGCCGCUCACUUCGUGACAGAAACAAGUACAUGUUCAAUCGUGAACUAUUCAGUGAUGUACGCUUCCUUGUGGGCAGGAGAGAGAAGACAUCCAUUCCCGCUCAUCGUUAUAUAUUGGCUAUUAGUAGUCCCGUCUUUUCGUCGCUUUUCUACGCAUUUGGUGCACUUCAGACUGAGUUUACCGCUAGAGAGCAGAUUGAAAUGUCCGAGUGUGAGCCUGAAUCAUUUCUUGAGAUGCUCCGGUUCAUGUACUACGAUGAAGUACAGCUGACCACAGAUAACGCUCCAGAGGUCUUGUUCUUGGCUCGAAAAUACCUCAUUCCAAGCCUGGCCGAGAUCUGCUCAGAGUUCGUUCUGAACAACUUAAGCGUGGAGAACACUCUGCCUGUGCUGAACCAUUGUUGUCUGCUAGGCGUGAGCAAAGGCCUUGAGAAACAAUGUUGGAUAAUCAUCGAUCAACACGCUUCGGAAAUAGCCCAGGAUAAUCAAUUCCCUGAAAUCGACCACGCUACACUAACUGCCUUUUUAACACGCGACACGCUGGUUGCCAAGGAGACGGUACUUUUUCGUGCGGCUGUGAAGUGGGCGGGGCGAGAGUGUCAGCGGAUGUCAAUUCCACUGACAGUUGAGAACAAGCGUAGGGUUCUCGGGGAUGCAUUCUAUUCUAUUCGUUUCCCGUUGAUGAGUAUGAAAGAAUUCACUGAAGACGUGGCACAAUCAUCUUUUCUGAGUCAUGAAGAAGUUGCUAACAUGUACAUAGGAUACAACUCCAACUUCCAGUCAUGUAACAUAAGAUUUCCAACAGAGCCACGCGCCAAGCCUGCGCAAGACACAGCCUUCCGCUGCCCGCGUUUUGAAUCCACAACGCUGCGCCCAAAGUGGGAAGCAGUCACGCCUCAACAAUCCACUGUAAAAUUCAAGGUUAAACAUCCAAUCAGCAUUAAAGGGGUGGCACUUUUCUCAGCCGUGACACAAUCAUCAGCUCAGCUUUGUAAAGUUGAGUUGCGUGACAACAGUGGCUCCGUCUUAGCAACACAUCACGCAGAUGUUGUCAAACAUCACGACAGCGACAUCCACGACAUUUUCUUUCCAAGUGGGAUCACACUGCAAAGUGACGUCAUGUAUUCUAUUACUGCCGCAUCAGAAGAGGUCCUGGAGCGCUAUGGAGAAGGCUCGAUAAGUGAGAUCACUUGCGAGGGCGUUGAUUUUGAGUUCUUUGAAGAUUCAGGCGAUGAAGAAGACAAGGGCCAGAUACCAGAGCUGUUGUUUAAACCUCUGGGAGAAGGAACCUCAUCAUAUGCUGAGGAUGAUUAGAAUGAUGGCUGGCUUAUUAUAUAAUCUGCCAUGGAAGACAUUCUCUAGUUAUAAGUUUCUCUUCAACUAUAGACUUAUAGGGGGAAGGAAUUUGAUAGAAGUUGAAUUCAUGAACGCGUUAUUACAUGAGUUACCUACAAGACACUGAUCUCAUCACUCGCAAUACUAAACAAAUGUAACAAGUAGUAUCACAAAAGCACAGAACAUCAUGAUAACUAACAUAUUAAGAUCUUAUCGUUACCUGCACUACUUUUUGUCAAGAGGCGUGCAUAGAAAAGAAAGAUUGUAAGCUGACUGAACAGUUUCCUUUGUUUUAUAGAUACAAUAAGAUUACUUUUGCUCUGGAACUAUAAAGCAUGGAUCUCAGGGUCCUGAAGUACAAGAAUAUGUAUGUUCACUGCGAGAGUACAGAAAUUACAGUGGUAAUGAGUCA